AUAUUAUAGCCUUGUUUUAUAUUUUAGUGAUGCAUUCAUUUGAUUGGUAUGAAUAGUGGUAUUUUUAGAGUAGGAGGAUGUGGUUUGAGGUAAAGCAAAGGGAGCAAACUAUAUUUUCUAAAACGACGAGGGGUAUAUUUUCUGUUCGGACUUGAAUCAAUUCUUACUUGUUAAGAAAAUAGGCAAGUUAGGAGACAGAAGAGCGGCAACGCAAUCAGAAUCUUAGCUUUUGCAAGUCUCAAAGUGGAUUCAUUGAAAUUCUUUUGAUGCAACAAAAAUACUCAUAAAGAAAGAGGAAGGGAAAACCCAGUGAUUAUAUGAAAAAAAAUGGAUGGACCACCAGAGAAUGAUGUUUGUUCUAUAUGCCAUGGCACUUUUCAUGUCCCUUGUCAAGCAAAUUGUUCCCAUUGGUUUUGUGCUAGCUGUAUUCUACAAGUUUGGGAUUGUGGAUCCGCCCUUCAAGCAUGUAAAUGUCCAUUAUGCCGCCGUCCGAUUACCUUAUUGGUUCCUAGUGAGUCUGCAUCAAGGUUGCAUCGAGAUCCUGAAGUUCCUGAGGUCUUACGAAGAGUUGAGCAAUAUAACCGCCAUUUUGGCCAACAUGCCAAUGGCCUUCUCCAGAGAAUGCAAGAUCUUCCGUUUCUCCUCCGGAGAUUAAUGCGAGAUAUGACAGAUCCUCAAAGAUCUCUUCCAUUUGUCAUCAGGGCACGUGUCUAUUUGGCAGUAUUUUUAAGUGGUAUAUACGUCCUUAGCCCCGUGGACCUUAUCCCAGAAGGUUUUUUGGGUAUUAUAGGUUUACUAGAUGAUCUGAUUAUCAUGUUCAUCUGUUUCCUGCAUGUUGCUGCUCUGUAUAGAUCAGUUCUUCUGUUUCGCCAUGGAGGUUCUUAAACGCUUGCAUCACACGACAACUGCAAGAAAUGAAGAAGAGACAAAUCAUGCCAGAAAUGACAAACAUUUUGUUGUUCAUUAAUUUUAGUCAUUCAAUCGGUGUUUGAGGGAUGUUUGCUAGAAAAUCUGCACUUUACAUGAUUUAGCUAGUGUACUCGUACAAUUGCAAAUAUAACUUGGUGUAGAGUUACAGUCGAUGACAAUGUGUCAUACUUGGAGCAUUGUUUUUCUUGCAUCCAUGCGAGCAUCUUCACCCUCCUGUCUCCUUA